GUGGGCCGCAUCACUGACAGGAGGAGUGAUUGCGUCAUGUCUCCGCCUGUUUGUGGGCGUGUCCCGAGCUGUCACUAGCAGCAACACAAACACCCCGGCCUAGUGUACGGAGGGUCCCCGGACUGUCAGUGGCAGCGGGCCCCAGAGUGGGAUGGCGAUGUGCGCCAGGUUGUGCGGAGUCGGACAGUCCGGGGGCUGCAGGAGGAGACAACAGCGGAAGGGAGCCGGAAACGACCCUGAGCUGGAGGAUGAAGAGGAAGAAGACGAGGUGCGGAUUGAGGCAGGAGAAGCAGCAGUGACGCCCCGGAGACCACACUCUCUCCUGCUGUUGCCACCUGAGAUCCUGGUGGAGAUUUUCUCCUUACUGCCCGGUACCGAGUUAGGCGGCCUGGCCCAGGUGUGCAGCAAGUUCCGGCAGAUCCUCAGUACGGACACUAUCUGGAAGCGGCGCUGCAGGCAAGAGUAUGGUGUCUGUGAAAAUCUGCGAAAACUAGAGGUCACAGGCGUUUCCUGCCAUGAUGUCUAUGUCAAACUGUUGCACCAAUACCGCCACAUCUUAGGCCUCUGGCAGCCAGAUAUUGGCCCCUACGGAGGACUUCUUAAUGUUGUGGUAGAUGGAUUAUUUAUUAUUGGAUGGAUGUAUCUUCCCCCUCAUGAUCCUCAUGUUGAUGAAGCUAUGAGGAUGAAACCAGUUUUCAGAAUUCAUUUGAUGGAGAGGAAAGAUGCAACAGUAGAAUGUAUGUAUGGGCACAAAGGGCCCCACAAUAGCCAGAUCCAGAUUGUGAAAAAAGAUGAAUUCUCUACUAAGUGCUUGCAGACAGAUUAUCACCGGAUGUCUGGAGGAAGACAAGAGGAAUUUAGGACAUGGUUGCGGGAAGAUCUAGGGAGAACCCUUGAAGAUAUUUUCCACGAGCACAUGCAGGAAUUAAUUUUAAUGAAGUUUAUUUACAUUUGCCAAUAUGACAACUGCCUUACAUACCGAAGGAUAUAUCACCCACCCAGCCACCCGGAGGACCUGUUAAAUCCUGGAUUCUUUAAAGGAACCUAUGGGAGCCAUGGCCUGGAGAUUGUCAUGCUCAGCUUCCAUGGAACGAUUGCCAAAGUGACCAAAAUAACAGGAGAUCCCAAUGUUCCAGCAGGUCAACAGACAGUAGAGGUUGAUCUGACACGGCCAGUGCAGCUUCCUGAUGUGGAGCACCUACGGAAUUUUGAUGAGAUGUCCCGUCUUAUUCUGGAUGUCCAGGCACAGAUUCACCGAGAGCAGAGACAAACAGACAAUGAAGAGGAUGAUGGAAGAGGGGCAGGCCCUGACAAAGCAGAACCUGCUCAACAACCUGCACCUCUCCUUAGGCCCCCAAAUGAAGAUGCAAAUGGAGCUGAUGAUGAUGGUGAUGGUGGAGAACAAAAACCCCCAAAUGUACAGUCCUUUGUACUCCCUGCUGGGGUGAUGGCUAGGAAUGAGGAAUACCCUCGUAGCUGUAAGAUGUGCUUUUAUGGUACUGGCCUCAUUGCUGGACAUGGAUUCAGCAGUCCUGAACGGACCCCAGGUCUAUUCAUAUUAUUUGAUGAGGAUCGUUUCGGGUUUAUAUGGUUGGAGCUGAAAUCUUUUAGCCUGUACAGUCGGAUGAGGGACAGAUUCCAGCAAUCAGAAGCUCCAUCGCUAGAAGCCUUUGAAGAAAUGCUCCAAAAUAUGCAAUCCUGGACAACCUAAUGGGUGUCGGCAUGGAGUGCAGUGAGUGAGUCAGGAACUCAAUGAAUCUGCAUAACUGGACUUAGGUCAAGUCACUGUUUGUGAUCAAGAAAAGAAUAUUCCAACCUUGGUACCUCGAAAAUCAAUGCAUGCACUUUCCAAACAGUAAUAUUUAACCCUUUAAUUGCCAGUAGGGCCAAUGCUAUGCAUAGCCCCGUGGCAGCAAAACAAGGUUAAAUGGAAUUUCAUUUGUUGGUUUUAAACAAAUUAUCCCUAUAAUUGUAUAUAUAUAUAUCAAGGCUAACAUACCAUAUGUAAUAAUAUAUAAAAUGUAUAAAUAUAAGGGUAUGGCUUCCUAAUGAUCCUGUGCACUGUGGGCCAACUGAUUUGUUCCUAUUUUUCUAAGCCACUUUUACCGUCCCGCGUGAUAAAACUAUUUCUCCUAGUAGCCUGAAGAACAAAUAAAAAGUGUGUUUGUAA